GAAAUGGGACACACUAGGGGGGGGGGGCGGCAGGCCGCGGCAGCGUCUGAGUCUGCUACGUCCUGCUCCCAUUGCAAGCAGCAGUAAUCGAUAAGAACCCUCAAGCGGAAGCAUCAACGAGAUGAAGAAAUAACCCGAAAGAAGACGAGUGACACAGAAGAAGAAAGUGUCGCGCGAAAGAAAAGUGCCCGACAACGAACAAGAAGAAGAAAUUUAGGACCAAAUAUGGGAAAAAGGUCGCUCUCGCUUCCGAAAGCGCAGACUUGCGAGUUCCCCGCAGGUACGUCUACAUUUUGGAGUCAUGGAAGUAGUAUUUUUUGCGAAUAUAACUACCGGGAAAAACAAAAAGCUUAGCUGUAUACAGUUUCAUCUUUAGGAGCAGUUUAAAGAAGUUCGGAAUAAUUAUGCUGACCUUUACCUCUUUUUUUAUUGCAACAGGAGGAGGACCAGUGAGAAAAGGCACAGAAGAACCUGCUCGCAGCGCGAGGCGCUAGAAUCCGCAUUUACGAAUUACGCCGGUUCUAAAGGCCUACACCACUUUCGUCCGUACGCAUCCGUGGAUCGCGAUGAGGGCUUUUACCGCGACGAUAAAAAAGGACCGACGUCGGCGCCGGAGAGUCCCCGAGAUGGUUCCGUCAACGCCAACGCGCGGAAGAAGACGUGGCGCGGCCGCGCAAGUGUGCUAUUUCGUCCUCGGCUACGUCUAUCACUACGAGCGCACAAGCACGGUCGUCGGGUACGGUGCCUAUCAAAUGCAAAUUGUAAUGUCUGGGUCGUCUGGAAGGUUGGAACUUGUUAGUGCUAGUUCUCCAUAUUAUCUAGGAAAUAUGUAUUGCAUAGCCAACGAAAGUCGCAGUCUCUUUUGUACAUGCAAGAACGCAGUUAGUUUCUCAUGCGGAUUGCCUAUGAGAAAGUGUUCUGAAAAUAAGGUGUCAUGCUGUGAUGCAUUCGGAACUGUUUCCAUCAUCCACAUUUUAGCAUCACAAGUUUCCAUAUCCCGGACAUACUUAUUUGCAUUGCAUAGCGCCACGGCUGCUACAACAGAAACUGGACCACGAACUCCACAGCACGAGAGCAAACGUGCCGACGGGGGAAUAGAUCGCACCAGCCAGGGGAGGUCGUGGAAAAGAGCCAGACGUGUAUCUUCGACUGGUGGUGUGAAGGAUGAAGACGACGUGGAUGUCGCCCUCCCCUGCGAGAUGAAGCAGGUCUCUGCGAGCACCAGUUCCUGCAGCACAUCAAUGCUGGUGCCCGUCUUAAGUAGAGCCCGCAGCUGCGGCGCUGCAGGCUUAUUCCCCAACGCGGCUUGCGCGAAGAAAAAGAUGAUGAACGCUCUCGACGCAAGGGCUGGGGGCCGCGGCUAUGCAUUGCAAAUACCAAUCUGGGUCUGGAAAGGUGGAACUUGUGAAUGCGUGUCUUGCACCUGGCAUAUCUGUGUUGCAAGAGCAGCAAGAAAUGGGUAGCUCUCCUUGUCAUGCAGAAAAGGUAUUUGUAAUGCGUGUAGUUAGGUAAAAAUAAAUAUCAGAAGGCAUCCCCAAAGCUUGUCCUCAUGCUUGGCUGCAAGAUGACUUGCAAGCAUUGCAGCCAUGCGCCAAAAAUUAGCAUGAUUACAUACAGGUUCUUUCCAGACCUAGACAUGUUUGCAUUUGAUAGCGGCUUUCUCGACGGCGCAAAGAUGUGGGCUCAACACGCCGGGCGAAAAGAUCAUUUUCUUCAAGGUGCCCCCACAGCUGCUGCACUUCGAACAAUGGGGUCAGUACAGGAAGACGGGUUUUCAUCAGCACCAGAUGCUGCGGAAUUCGACGUGCCCUGGAGAAAGCAGCUUCGCGGCGCACAGCGCAGUGAAUGUGAAAAAGGCGUCUUUUGCAGCAAGCACGUGCUGCCCAUCAACACACCGGCUGACGAUGAAGCUGAAGACUUGGAGCUCGUAACCGCAAAUAUUUCGGAAGUUUCACUAGGAAACUCCGCCCCGCGGCCGAUCUUCGACGAUUCCUAUUACAAGGAGACAAAGUGUCCCCACGAGGACCCCGGAUGAAGUUGGAAAUGCGAAAAUUUAUGAUGCAUAAGGUUUACAACUGAAAAUCUUUUUGUUGGUACUCGUAUACAUGAAAAGACCAAAUGAGCCUUUCUGAUGCAGAACCUACGUACACUGAGCAAGGCAUUUUUUACAUAUCAGGCCCGGCUGUUGCUGGGCGUUUCUGCAACACAAAUUUUAGCCAUUCCACAUUGAAAAUUUGUGACGCUGCAACAUGGACUAACAUAGGGAGUGUUUUCAUGAUUGGAUAGCUUUGCAAUAAAAGUGCUGCCAAGUUCUGGGGUGGGGGCAUUUUUCAUUGUAAUACUUCCGCGCCCGUGUUGUCCUUCGACCGGUCUCAGACCGCAAUCAACCUGCGGGAGAACAACAGGGGAGGUAGCGCUGUAAUUCACUCGUCCGCGGCAAGUAGAAGUCCUAGGGCUAGUGCAACCGCGAAAAGGCGGAGGACAUUAGCAUGCCCAUGCUCAUUCCUACUUACUGCACCUCUCCUGUGCGCGACAGGCGCUUUCGCUCCGUCGACGCUAGCUGAGCCUCCCACGACCCGACUGUCACAGCAGGAGCACUUUAUCCCGUGUGACAACGUCCCCAACUCCCCAGAGUCAAGAUGGCGACUUUGCUCCAGAAAGCAGCAAGUUUUGGCUGUAGUUGCUGAAUGAUCUUCGUGGUGUUCUUGCGCAUCAGAAACAUACCACGCGUGAUGCCACUUUAUUUUCAUGAGACUUGUCUUGGUUGGUGGGGAGGCUUUUACGCACGAGACACUUUGAACAACACUUGUUAUCAGAAUUGCGGAGCAUUGUGCACCGGAACGAGCCGAUCGUGGAUCACCCGCCGGGCGUUUUCGAUGCGGGCAUUUUCGACGACGAAGGCCCGUCUUUCUGGCGGAGAACCACAGAGGACGUGGUGGAGGGUAAGGAUAUAUCAAAUGCAAAUAAAAAUAUGUCUGGGUCUAGAAGAUAAAGAUUGGGAUUGCCAGGUUUGUCAUGCAUCUUUUGCAUGGCCCUUGAUGCCUGUAAUGCGUGACCUAGGAUCUUCGGUUCGGAACGCCCCGCGCCCUUUUUAGAACAAACGUUUAUGAUGGCCGUACUGUGGGUGGAGCGUAAGUCAGUUUUUAGAACCCAACCUGCGUGCUAGCAGCGGGCUAGCGGGCUGCGGACCCGCAGGAACGCGCUGACACGUUCGCACCGAAGUGGUAGGCCCUCAGCUGAAGUAUGUACGCGGUAUGGCUUCGAUCUAGAAGUGGGCCCAUCCGUUCGGCUCGUAGGAGAACUUAGCCCAACAACGAGGCUCGCCAUUAUAUGUAUAAGCGUUGAGCUACCUCUACCUGGCCGGCGAGGCACUACCGCCGAUCCGCCGAUGAUGAUGACCUAGGAUAAAGGUCUCCUGAUGCCUAUUCCUAUUCGGCAUGAGAAAUUCCCUCCCCGCCGCGUAGCACAAACUGGACUCCUCUUACGGGUCACGCACUUCUACAAAUUUUUUUAGAAUCGUCCAAAGACAGCACUAACCUUCCAGACCCAGACAUAAAUAUUUGCAAUGCAUUGAAUCACAUCGCUGGCUCGACACAGAAUUUUUCAGCAGGUGAUAACAUCGAUGUGGAAGAAGUAGAGCCCCAAACACCAGUUCCUGAGUUUUUGCCCGGGAGCGUCCUCGGCGAAGGCAAUGAAGCCAGCGCGUUUUAUUUUGGCCGGAAAAAUAACAACUCCAUGUGGCGUCGUCCGCUCGGGGCCGCCAGCGACCUUCUUGGAGAAAAUACUACGCGUAGGACCACCGCCGCUGGGAUUGACAACGAUGACCCGGCGGGCGCACGACACGAGCAACUUCUACACCGAGCGCGCGCGCUCCUUCGUAGGCCUGGAGAGCACCGCGCUCCCGGUCCUCGAGAGGUGGGGGUGAUGAAUAUGCAGGAAGCAAGCCGAGAAGUCAGAACAAGCGAACGCACUAUAUCUGUUUCGCCCAGUGAGAUUGACGAAGGCGGCUCGCAGCUAGUACCUCGUUCCAGCGCGGAUCACUGGCAGUGGCCUGCUCGGGGGCUGCGUCGUAGUUCCAGCGCGGUUCCUCUGCAGCCGCCGACCCCUGCUGGUGGUGCCACCGCGAGUCGUGCAGACGGGAUUCCUCCCCUCGAAUUACCGCCUGCAUAUCAGUGGCCUGCUCGGGGGCUGCUCCAGGCUUCCCGACCGGAGCAGCGGGCGGCAGACGGAAAAGAAGAAAAACGGCCUGCGAGUCCCGGGGGCUUGACCGACUUGUCGGAUCAGAGCGAGUGGGAAAUAACGGAGAAAUCCUCCUCCACUGCGGAGGAUGAACAGGACCACAACCAGAUGGACCACCAUCAACCUCCCCCGUUUUUGUUGUCUACUACAGCAGUUGCUCUUGCUGCCUCCGGUAGGCGACCGGGCUUGUUUGCCUCUUCCAGGUCCGCGCCCGGAGAAAGUUCGCUGCCGCACCAGGAGGAGCGUGACGGACACGAGCACACGAGUUUCAUGGCGAGGCAGCUGCCCCUUCGUCCCCCUCCCCAAUCCUGGUCGCGCCGGCAGGAAGAAGCGGGAGCGAGUAGCGCUAGCACUCGUCCAGGGCGGUGGUACGAGCAUGAUCAGGGCGCGGGGGCUAGGGGAAGGAGUUGCGCAUUUAAUGGCAGGGAUGUUGUUGCAGCGCUUGAGGACCGCAGCAGGACCCCCUCGCUAGGGGGCGCCUUUUCAGCACGUAGCUGGGGUUCGAACAACAGCGAGUCCCUCGGGGAAGAAGGUGCUAUGAAGUAAAUUUGAUUUUCGCUUUAUUUAUAGUUUGCGUCCGAAAAACCAAAAAUACAACGAACUCAUUUUUGAUCGUUCAACGCUUCAAGAACCAAAAGAACAUAGAAGUUCAUCAUCCAGAGACACCAACUUCUUUCGAAGGUAGUCCGGAAGCGGAACUCCAGGAGGUGGGCAGUACUAGUACGCGAGUGGACACCUUCGAUUCCCUACCCGCGGACCACGACAACGAUACUAAUGAUAUCCUUGAAAGCGUGGAGGGCCUAGCGCAGCUAAGGCUGACGGCGCCGGGAGACAGCAAUGACGUGGCGAACCUUCCAGCAGUAGGCGUUGUUCUUCCCACUGGUGGAGCAGCGGACCACCAUUUACGAUAUGACGAUGCCGGCGCCCCCUCUACAGCCGGCCCGACCUGCGAACCAGGAGGUGCUUCGCCAGCAGCUUUCGGACACCUUGACCUUCCCGAGGCUGCGUUAGGCGGGUGAUGCUUUUCAUUUAUUUUUAGCGUGGAAGCUACUUCACGUCGGCUAUCCUGUCUUCCCACACCGAGCCGUGAAAGAACAAAAGAAUCUGUGAAGAAUGUUUUUUGAUGAAAAACGUUUUUUCUCUUCGAGCGAAAUCAAGCAUGAGAAGCUUGCGAAGAAACGAAUGAAAGAACGAAAUGAAACAACCUGUACAUUCCAAUUUUCCAGUCUUUUGUGGGUAU